AUGACCGGAUCUCACGUUUUCCUGUUUAAAAUUGUGUUAUACUCGCUGAUCUUACUUGUAUUAUCAGGAAAGAUAAAGCUCGGAAUUCAUGGGUUUGGAAGAAUUGGAAGAUUGGUCACAAGAGUGGCUUUGCAGAGAGACGAUAUUGAACUUGUUUGCAUCAAUGACCCCUACGUCACGGCGGACUACAUGGUCUACAUGUUCAAGCACGAUACUGUUCACGGUGCAUGGAAGAAUUGCGAUGUGAAGCUUAAGAAUGCAAACCACAUAUACUUUGGUAACAAGGCAGUCACCAUUUUUGCAAUCAGCCGCGAAGAUGAGGUUCCUUGGUGCGGCCCCGGAGCCGAAUAUAUCGUGGAUGCCUCCGGUAAGGCUGCCGAAAUCGCAUUUUCUCAGGGUCAUUUGAAGGGCGGAGCUAAAAAAGUUAUUGUGACUGACGUUUGUGAAGGUGCUCCUCCGUUUGUUGUGGGUGUCAAUGAGAAGGAAUACAAGCCAGAGUUCGAUGUUAUUUCCGGUGCUAGUUGCACCACCAACUGCCUUGCGCCCCUUGCAAAGGUCAUUCACGAUAGAUUUGGUAUUGUCGAGGGUCUGAUGAGUACUGUUCACUCAAUCACUGCUACCCAAAGAGCUGUUGAUGGAAUUUGUCCUGAUGAUUGGAGACCUUACAUGUCCACACCCUGUGUAAAAGAUUGGAGAAUUGGAAGAGCUGCUUAUAUUAACAUCAUUCCUACUACUACCGACGCAGCAAAGGCUCUUGGUAAAGUUCUACCCGACCUGGAUGGCAAGUUGACCGGAAUGGCGUUCCGUGUUCCUUCUCUUGAUGUUUCGGUGGUAGACCUAACGGUGAGGCUAGAAAAGCCGGCAACAUAUGACGAAAUAAAAGCUGCCAUCAAGGAAGAGUCUGAGGGAAACUUGAAAGGAAUCUUGGGUUACACUGAAGAUGAUGUUGUCUCUACUGACUUUGAGCGUGACAACAGGUCGAGUAUUUUUGAUGCAAAGGCUGGAAUUGCGCUGAACGAUAACUUCCACAAGUUGGUCGCAUGGUACGACAACGAGUGGGGAUACAGCUCUCGCAUUGUAGACUUGGUGACUUACAUUGCUUCAGUUGAUUCAGCAUAA